AUGGUGAACUGUUUUGUUUGGAAUGUUGGUGAUGCAGCUGGUUGGUCUCCAGAGUCUCAACUUAAUUACACUAAGUGGGCAAGACCAUCUUUUCUAGUUGGUGAUGACAGUCUUCGUUUUGUCUAUGAUCCAAACACCACUAAUGUCAUGGAAGUCACUUAUUGUGAUUUCAAAUCAUGUAAUCCAACAUCGCCACUUGCCUCCUACAACACUGGGAACGACACAGUUCCAAUUACAAAAGAAGGCCACCAGUAUUUCAUCAGUGGCAAUCGUGUUGACUGCAACAAUGGCCUCAAGCUCGAUAUACAGGCUACCAAUUCAUCAGUUGUUAGGUUUUGGCGGUUAGGCGGCCCAACCUAUGACGCCAAUGGCUAUGGGAAAAUACCUGAAUUUGAAGAUGCACCUACAGGAGGAGCAAACGCGACUGAAGACACAUCAUGCGAUUCAGAUUCAUCUACAGGAGAGGCAGCAGCUUCGACUCCAGCUAUGUCACCUACUUCUACAGAGGCAGGCCGCAGGAGGGGAGGCCAAGUAGUUCGUGCAUUACGUUUUCUUUAUUAG